AUGUGCAUUAUGAGAUCUGACCUCUCUGAAUUGCCAGACACGCGCAUGUUGUUGAGAAGCCGAGUGUAUUGCGUGCUGCCCUCGGCAAGGCUAUGCCUAGGUACCUUCUCCAGACAAGGACCGCACUGCACUGGCAGCUCAAGAGUCAAUCGACUCCGUGUCCAGCCGUGCCCGCACUUGUCCGCCGUCCACAGCAUCUCCGCAUUUCAAACCCUUGGCUUGUCCCCUCCUUCUCCCCCUCGUGGAUGCCCACGGCUUUUUAACCAUCUAAAUGCCGCGACAGGGAGGCAUCUAAAGGCCGUUCGGUUGCGUUCUAAGACUUGUCGCACGGCUUCCGCCAUGAUCGGUGCCGACCAUGAUACCGCAAUUCCGCGUCCUCUUCGGCGUGACCGUGCUCGCGUUGCUUGCUGGCGUUGCCACAAGAAAAAGAUCCGAUGCAAUAGCUCAAAUACCGGGCCAUGCUCUGGCUGUGCGCGCACCAGUAUAGAAUGUGUCCCUAUCGACUCUCAGCGGGGCAGAUAUGCGCGAAAGUCUCGAAAAUCCGACACACGUCGUCGCUCCCUCUCAAUGGUUCAAGCCAACCAGGAUGGAGCGACUGACAUCGCCGUUGACGCCACCACAACCGACCAUAGUGCUACAGAUGGUGCCCUCCACGGUGCCUCGGAACCUCAUCACAACAUUUUGCAAACAACACGUGCAUCCGCACCCCGAGCUCAGACUGAUUUGCCCCCAGGAGGUCCAACAUGGCCACCCCAACCAGGCCUCUCGUCAAUGGACUGCAGUCCAGGGCUGUCAGAGUCCCCUGAAAUGCUCUACGCACAAAUAGCUGAACGAAGCGUGACCGCAAACGAUGCACUAAUUCGGCCUGCCGAUCAAUCUGUUUUCCUUGGGGAGGCUUUCAGCUUGACAUAUGUGGUCCACGACGUGCUUGCGCCACAUCUAACGAGCUCCAUGCAUUAUAAGAAGAGGCUACAUUUUCCCAUUUUUGACGGGGCUCUCAGUAAGUCUCGAGCCAUCUAUUCAGAUGACAACACAGUCAACAGUCAAAUGGAGCUUCUCAAAGCUCAAGGUCUUUUCUAUAAACCUCCGGAUGAAGCACUUGAGCGGCUGCUGGUCGCGUAUCUCGAGCAUUUCCAUCCUGCUUUCCCUGUCAUUGAGAGAACAGACUUUUCCAGCGCCCGGCAGGCGCAGCGACAAUCACAUCUAGUCUUGAACGCGGUACUCAUGAUCGCAGUCACAUUAUGCGACUCUGAGACCCUGAAGAUACUUGGUUGUGACGAUCGCCACGUCGCAAGGACCACUUUCUUCAAGCAGGCCAGAGCCUUGUAUGACGCAGAUGCAGAACCUCAUAAAAUCAACAACAUCUGCGGCGUUUUUUUGAUGAGCUUCUGGUGGGGAGGGCCGAAUGACCAAAAGGACUCGUGGCACUGGCUGGGAAUAGCGAUAGGUCUCGCUCAGAGUCUUGGACUCCACCGGACGACGAAAAACUCCAACAUUGACUCGAGAACGGCAAGUCGCUGGAAGUUAAACUGGUGGUCUUUGCGUAUACGAGACAUCCUCGUCAGUGGUUCAAUUGGUCGCCCGCAGCAUGUUUGCGAUAAUGACUGCGAUGUCGAACUUCCAGAACCAGCAGAUGUGGCCGAUGAGCUCCCUGGCCGAGUCCCAGGCAGCUUAGAUUACUUCAGUCAAGUAGCCAAGCUCUGCGCCAUCAUGAGUCGCAUCAUAACUUCGAGAUAUGCUACACCUGGCGCAGAGAAGCCCAGGGACAACUGUGUCAGCUUGGAACAAACCUUGUCUCAAUUUUACAAAGAUAUUCCCCCUUCUCUGCGAUACGACGGCGUUAGCCCUGAGUUCGGACAGCAACUAUGGCCUUCGAUGUUGACCAUGGCCUACAACUACGCCGUGCUCUUACUAUGCCGUCCCAGUCGCAGUGCUCGCGGAGAAGGACAAGUCGAGGAAUGGGGAAAUGAAUCGAAAGCUAUCAGCGCAGCCAAUGUGAUCACCCGCACUAUGGAAGACAUGCUAGCUGUGUCAAUGGUCAGGUUGUGUCAGGUUCAUACAAUCCCAGCUCUCUUCAAUGCGCUUGCCGUACAUGUGCACGCCAUGUGCAAUUCCAAUGCCAUCGGGAGGGAGCUCGCAGAAACUCGUGCCCGAAUAUGCAUGCUCGGACUCACCGCGCUUCAAAAGUCCUGGCCGGUCAGUGGCUGGGUUCUCAAGCUCUUCGUUAACAUCAUGAAGAAGCUGAAACGCUCCCCACGGGGAGCUUCUGCGCCCAACAGAAGCAGAAGCCUCUCAGAGACUCGAGAAGUCGACGAACUGAGGCACGAACCUGCUUUAUCCCUCCCAGCAAGUAUACCGUCGCCUUCGACGACGCACGGGCAUCCCUCCUGGCAAAACGAGAACCCGCAUCCCAGCAACAGAGAACCAAGUACUGCGCACCCUGGAAAUGAGGCUUCUUCCGCUCCCUCGGAGUGGUCGGCACUACCUUGGUCCGUAAAUUUCGAAGACUACGACGAGUUGAUACCUAAUAUGUUUGCCUUUGAUGAUACAUUUGCUGGCAGCAUUUCGGACCAGGACAACUUUUUCCGGUCCCUUGAUUUUGCGCAUUCGCGAGAGCCGGGUACUCCGCAUCUAUGGUCUUAUCUGAGCUGA